UGUUUUGCGUGCCCUACUGUUUCUCCUUUUUUGGUCCCCCUGUCCUGGUCAUUCUAAGGAUGAAGCUCACGGAAGCCUUCAAUGGCGGCGCUCACGGUAACAUCCACGGGCUGUUGGGCGGGACGUGGUCUCCCGAGGCGGACGAGUACGCCGCGGUCACGCCGUACAUCGUAAUCCCCUUCGUUCACCACGCAUACGUGAGAGGAAACAAAAGCGGCUGCGGCCGUGGCUGGAAGAAAGCGAGGGUGAAGUUGUUAUUCGCGGAAAAGAGGAAAACACGUGGUGCGUAUGCGCAGAUCGCGCAGAAGAUCAUGUGGCGGGAGAACGCCAUCGAGUGCCCAGAGAGCUGCACAUUCGAUCAGGGUUGGAAAGACUGCCAGUGCCAAUGCAGCGAGUCACUCAUGGAAGGGAGGACAGCGGCCGAGUUCCUGGAGUUGGGCGAUGUGAUUGCGACCGGAUACUUCUACGAUGCGGACUACCAAUUAGUCCGCAAGCUGGCUGACUCGGAUGUACGUCUCGGGUCUUCCCUUUGCCGUGUUGUCCACUUUUUUUCGAUGCGGGCGACGCUCUACGCGAAUACAGCGUUCUUCUCCAGGCAAACCUCACCGGCGAAAUAGUUCUAAACACAAGUGCGGCACUUCUCCGUGAGAAAUGAGGCGCGAGUACUCCCAACAUGUUGGCUCCACGCACAUUGUUUUGUUUAGUUCGUAGCGCCGAGAGGACGUAGAGAGUGGUGCGUGGGGACGCUGUCUAUGCACUCGUUCAGAGCGUUUGUAUCGUCGCGUUUUGAUC